AUGGAGGAUCGUCGCACGAAGCAGCAACUGAGAUCGCGGAGAGAAACCAUGGUAGCGUCGCUCGGCCGAGCGGACCAGUUCAUGACGCAGUACGACGAGGAACGGGACAAGCUCGAGGUCGCUGUAAGGCUGCAGCAUUUGGAUGGUAUUUGCAAUGGGAUGGAGGAAAUACAAGUGGCAUUAGAAGACAUGGCAGACAACGAACAAGAACGGAAUCCAUCUCCAUCCACCCGUGUUCCCAGUAUGCCUGUUCAAGUGAAUGUUACACCCUGCGAAAAUCCUGCUCGUUCAACUCCAUCAGCCGUUGAUCCGUGUGAGGCAGAAUAUAGUUUCCCGUUGCAUGAGCGCAGUAAUAAUACUUUUAUGUUAACCGCUUUACUGAUUGUCGUAGACUGCUACGGAAAUGAGCACUUAGCCAGAGCACUUCUCGAUUGCGGUUCCCAACCCAACAUAAUAUCGGAGCGAAUGGCUCAAUUACUUCGAUUGAGAAGAAAACGAGUAAACGUGUCGAUCCAUGGUGUCGGAAAUAAACCCCAGUAUGCUACAGAAUCUGUGUUCACAGAAAUCCGUUCAAGAAAAGAGAACUUCGCACUCAAUGUAGAUUUCCUAGUGCUGAAUAACAUUAUGCCCCAGUUGCCGGCUCAAGAUAUUCCUAUUGAGCAUUGGAAACUUCCCAAAAAUUUAUUCCUCGCUGACCCCAAUUUCAACAAGUCGUCUGGAAUUGAUAUGAUCAUUGGAAACGCGCACUUCUUCUCCUGUCUCAAGACUUCAGCAAAUAUUCAACUUCCUAAACCGCUCCCAUUGCUAGUAGAUAGUGUGUUCGGCUGGCUGGUCUCAGGCACAGCGGAUAUAACCCGACCCGAUAAUGGAACCUCAUCAUGCACUGUAACCACCGUUUCGUUAGUAGCACUUGAGGACAGUUUAGAACGUUUCUGGAAAAUUGAAGACCUGCCAGACCAGCCAAAUUACUCAAUGGAAGAGAAGCAAUGCGAGGAGUUAUACUCCGCUACCGUUAUGAGAAACGAGACAGGAAGAUACGUAGUACGUCUCCCUCGUCGCCCGAAUUUUGAGAAAAUAGUAGGAGAGUCCAAAAAUUGUGCCUUUCGUAGAUAUUUGCUACUGGAGAAACGAUUGGAGCGUGAUCCAGCGUUGAAAGAUGAAUAUCGAAAAUUCAUUGAAGAAUACAUAGAGCUUGGCCAAAUGAAGGCGGUGUUGCCUACCGAACCCCAACAUUACAAAGGUUGUUUCCUCCCUCACCAUCCCGUAAUGAAAGAAUCGAGCGCUACCACGAAGGUCCGCGUAGUAUUCGAUGCAUCCGCUAGAACUUCCACCGGCCAUUCCCUGAACGAUGGCUUAUUGGUAGGACCAGUAAUCCAGGAUGAUCUGCUAUCCAUCAUCCUACGCUUCCGCACAGUUCCUGUGGCAUUGGUGGCGGACAUUGAGAAAAUAUUCAAUGCGUGUGAUCCCAUUUGUACAUACGAGCUGCAAACCGUUACCUACGGUCUUGGUCCAUCGUCCUUUCUCGCUACCCGAACACUACUUCAGCUUGCCAACGAUGAAGCAAUAUCGUAUCCAGCCGGUAGUGCGGCUCUCCGAAAAUCAUUUUACAUGGACGAUUUUAUUGGGGGAGCUCAGACUGUGGAAGAUGCCAUGAAGCUGCGACAGGAACUCAAUGAAUUGUUGGGAAAAGGAGGUUUCAAUUUACGAAAAUGGGCUUCGAAUAAACUAGAAAUCGUACGAGGCUUACGAGAAGACCAAAUUGGUAUGCAAUCCACUAUGAAAUUCGACAAAGGUGGAUCGGUAAAAGCACUGGGAAUAAGCUGGGAACCACAAAAUGAUCUGUUUCGAUUCGAUGCCAACAUCAAACGGGAAGAUGAGAUGAUCACAAAAAGAAAAAUUUUAUCCGCUAUCGCUCAGUUGUUUGAUCCUUUGGGUUUGAUAGCUCCUGUCAUCAUUCAAGGAAAAAUUCUUAUGCAACUCAUUUGGAUGGAAUCAUGUGGAUGGGAUGAUGAAUUACCUUCAGGCAUUGUGGUGAAGUGGAAAAACUUCUACGAACAUCUACCAUCAUUGACAGCGAAUAAGCCUCCCACGACUAGAAUUAUGCGCAGCAACUCUCGGCGCAAAACUCCAUGCCAGAGUUCAGCAAGCACUGCAGAUCGAAAUCUCUUCCUCUUACCUUUGGUCAGACUCUACUGUGACCUUGCAAUGGAUAAAGGCUCCACUAAAUACCUGGAAAACAUUUAUUGCGAAUAG